GUUUGCAUGUCACAGACGAAAUCCAAAAGAAUUCCCUCCGUCUUUCCAAAGGAAAUCGAACAAAGACCUCCUUUUGUCCGCAUGACAAAAGAUUCGGUAGUGUUCUCCGAUGGCACUUCUGAAAGGGUUGAUGCAGUCAUAUUCUGUACCGGAUAUCGAUUCUCAUUCCCCUUUCUCAAGGAAGACAUCAUAACGAUUAAAGACGAGCGCAUUCAACCAUUAUACAAGCAUAUGUUUCACAUCGAGUAUCCCAGUCUGAUUUUUGUUGGAAUUCCUCGGCAGUUGUUAUACUUUCCCCAUUACUAUGAAAUGGCAAAACUUGCUGCUUUAAUGCUCGCAGGAAAAGUUAACCUCCUAUCUAAAGAGGAAAUGAAAGCAGAUAGCGAAGCAGAUUUUCAGUCCCGUCUGAAGGAAGGAAAGCCGCCAUCUUUUGCCCAUUUUAUGGGAGAUGUUGAUCGACAAUUUCGUUACAAUGAGGAACUUGCAAAAUUAGGAGGAUUUUCUCCCCUCCUGCCAGUUCUGGAGAUGAUCUGGAAUGACAUCGUAGAUGAAAGAGGCAUGAAUCUCCCACAUUGCAAUGUGAUUAAUUAUUGGAUCAUUAGCCCUAAUUCUUACAUUUGCUUGAACCCCAAGGAGAUGAAAUCUAGAGAAUCAAAGGCUGAAAAUGUUUUGAAAGAUAAAUGA